CCUGCAAGUACACGAUACCCCCUGGGGCCUACCUUGGUACGGAGUACGUGGUAAGGUAUUCGACCAGGGAAUCUCUCAAUCGCGCGCUUUCUCUGCUGGCUCUGCGUCUGCCUUUCUCGCGCCCGCCGCCCGCUCACUCACACCCACUCUCUUGACGUCUCUGCUCUCUUUUCGAGACUGACUGACUGACCGGCGACCUGGAGCUUGUCUGUUCCAAUUCUUGCGCUUCCGUUCCUCGUUGCGCGCGCUGUUCCAAAUAUCGGGUGCACUCAGUCUCCAACCUUGGACCAGCUCCAUCCAGCUCGUCCCAAGUCUCAUCUCUACAAUUUUAUUCUGACGAGCACGAAGACGUCUGACCGUUCGUUCCUCCUAACUAUCUCUCUUCCUCUCUUUCUCUCCCUCGCCGAAAAAAAAAAAAAGCCAAGACGAGGCCCAUUCCCAAUCCCGCCUGUCUCUCUUCUCUCAUUCUGGACUGGUUCGCCCUCAAUUGCCCUCCACAUCUCAACUCCCACCGCCUCUCGCUCCCAAAGUCCAACUUGGGCUCUCACCGCGCAUUACCUCAUCCCGCUUGUACCUGGAUUCGCUGCACCAACGUCUCCGUUUGGCCUGCGUUGGCCGUGUCUGGUGUUGUUUUUCUGACCGGCGAUCCAACUCGCUCCGAUAGUCUGCCUCUAGUUUCGAGCCCGCCGAGGUAGAGAAGCGCGCCAUCGACAACUUCAACCGUCGACAAGAAAGCCUACAAUCAGACUCGGGCCUCCCGCACUCAUUAUCGUCUUACUCUUCUCGAUCUGCUGGCGAUAGCUCCCUCUGAUCGUUCGAAGCCAGACCAGAUAAGACUUGAGUGGCUCGGUAAAAGGGAAUUGGUUCCUAUCAAAACAUACUGGUUUCCGACCGCCAUACUGCAUCCAGCCUGCCUCUUCAUCCUCGACUAGGGUCACCUCACCGACACACACGACUGACUGGAACUGGAACUGUUUUCCUACCGCCCAUUCUUCCUCCUGUCUGCACCCCCGUCUGGUCUCAGACGGUGUCAAAGGACAUAGGUUCAAAGCCAUAGGUAUCAAUCCGUCGCACAGCCUUUCACCACAGUAGAGUGUGUACGUGCACCACUGCCCCUUUGUCGCGUCACUGUUCCCAGUGUUGUUGCUGCAUUGACUCGACUCGAUUUUACCGCCCCAAAACGAUCGUCGCCGACAGAUUUCGUCAGGGUCGAGCUACAGUAAACAACAAAUCGCAACCAUCAGCCAAGGGGGGGAAAGAAAACAAUUGACCCCUUCCGCCCACACCAUGAGAUAGACUGGCCCAAUUCAUUGGUACACCAGACACUCACAACACGGCCUAUCCAAGGACCCUAAUACCUCCAAUCGGGCUUGUCCGUCCCAUACCAAUUCAGGGCGAAUUAAUUCCUGCAGCUCAAUAAUUCCAGCGUCCUGAAACCUGGUGCCCAGCGAGCAACUUUACCUCGCUGAACAGCAUUCGCUUACGGACCUCUUUCUCGCUUCUCAAUUCUCCGCCAACAUACCAGCCUCCCUUGACCCCCUUCCAAAACGCACCAACAUCGCAGACCGACAUCUUAGCGACAAUCGCGGGACCAAAACACGCCAGACUAGGACCGCCGCCCAGUCGAACUCUAUUUCCUUGCGCGCUUGCGUUUCCACUGUCGCAAAAGCAUGUCCUCUGCCGCUUUGCAGCCUGCCCAUCACACAUCAGCUUUGGCAUCACCGCCUUUGGUUGCAGCCUCACCGAGUAGCCGGCAGUACACGUCGAACCACUCUUCCCCAUCUCGCGAGGCGUACAAUGCCAAUUUGCAACACAACUUUGCCUCUCCUGCAUCGUCACAACGCCCUCCGAGCCGACCGAGCGGAAACGGCGCGUCUGUAAACACUCAGGACUCAACUUCGCCCAUGACGUCCCGAGUUGUCCCCGCCAACCCCGUCGCCGUCGCGCCCUCUUCCCCAGACUACCAAUCCUCAUCCUCCGAACAACGAAGAAACAUGCCACCAGUCGCCCCCCCUCGGACGUCCUCGACGAAUUACUCGGGCGCUACUACCACUACGACCACCACAAAAAGACGCGAUCACGCUGCCGAGAAGGCGGCAUCGUCACCGCGACGCGGUCAAGCAGACGGAACGAAUGGUAAUGUCGAUUAUACCUACUCGGACGACGGUUCUGCUUCACGCAGCAGAAGAUCGCAUCAACAAAUGCCUCCUGAUUCUCCCCACCGAUCGAGCGGCAACCGGCCUGGGAGUCAGCCGACGGUGAUUCCCGUACGAUCGCAUGCACCUCAGACAACAGCAUCCCCAAAGCAGCCCACGCGCGAAGCAAGCGAGGUUCUCAAUCGAAUGGUGGUCUCUCAGCCCGAAGUAGACAUCGCUCGCGAGAAGGAACGACUAGCAGAAGCUCAGUCUACCCGCAUAGGAUCAUCACAUGAUGACGCCGCACCUCCUCCGAUCGGUAUGUCCGAGCAUGAUGACAGCAGACGUGGAGGUAGAAGCCGUCAUGAUCAUUCCGGGAAGCGUGAGAAGGUGGUCAGAUUUGGCGACUACGUUCUUGGAAAUACCAUCGGCGAGGGCGAGUUUGGAAAAGUAAAACUUGGCUGGAAGAACGAUAACAAUGUGCAAGUCGCUAUCAAGUUGAUCAAGCGGGAUAGUGUCGGCAACAACCCUUCCAGAUUGGCCAAGAUCUAUCGCGAAAUUGCGAUUUUACGGGGCAUUUCUCACCCUAACAUCGUUCGCCUUCACGAGAUGGUCGAAACCGAGAGGCACAUUGGUAUCAUUCUCGAAUACGCCUCUGGUGGUGAGCUGUUCGACUACAUCCUGAACCAUCGCUAUCUGAAGGACAAUGCCGCGCGAAGGCUGUUCGCCCAACUAGUGUCUGGUGUCGGCUAUUUGCACAAGAAGGGCAUCGUUCACAGAGAUCUCAAGCUGGAGAACUUGCUUUUAGACCGGAACCGCAACAUAAUUAUCACCGAUUUUGGUUUCGCCAACACCUUCGAUGCCGAGGAAGAGCUUUCCGAAGAGGAGGAGCUCAACCUCAGCGACCGUGACUUUGUCAAGAAAUUGGGACUGGAUAGAGUCAAGACCAAUGGCACAAGGAAGGGCGAUUUGAUGCAGACUAGUUGCGGCAGUCCCUGCUAUGCUGCGCCAGAGCUUGUUGUGAGCGAUUCUCUAUACACUGGCCGCAAGGUUGAUGUAUGGAGUUGCGGUGUAAUCUUGUACGCGAUGUUGGCUGGCUACCUUCCCUUCGACGACGAUCCAGCGAACCCCGAAGGCGACAACAUCAACUUGCUGUACAAGUACAUUGUCAACACGCCUCUGACUUUCCCCGAAUACGUCACUCCUCAUGCUCGCGACCUUCUCAGGCGAAUCCUUGUCCCCAACCCCCGGAAAAGAGCAGACUUGUUCGAGGUGGCUCGGCAUAGCUGGUUGAGCGAGUACGCUCAUGUCGUGGAGUUCAUUACUAGUAGCACCACCACACCCAACCAGAUCCAGAACACGACGGUGCCCUCCGAAGACGACGACUUCGCAGAGGCAUCUGGCAUCGGACGAAGCGCCUCGGUUCGCGAAUCCUCCAAGACGAAAGCCAACACCCCGACAUCGGUGGGAGGUCUCGCCAGCAAACACGCCAAGAUCGACGCCGACGCCGAGGCAGCAGCUAUUGCCAAGGCGCACAAAGAUAACAAACGUCGCACGGUGCAGGUAGAGUACGUGGCGCCGACGACACAGACACAAAGAGGAGAGGCUGCUGCAGCAGGAAGUAAGUCGAGAGCGCGUUCGAGCAGCCAAGGUCCAGUAGAGGUUGCGGAGAAUCAAAACUCCCAGGAGAAACCCCUUCCUAGAGAUCCCCCUGUCUCGAGAGAUUCGUACAGAGCCAGUCGACAAGGCACGCGCCCUCCUAGUGCCCACCGCAAUACUGCAGCCGCACCCUCGAGACCGACUCGCGACACUCGUACGACCUCUGAUAACGCCUUCACGCCUUCAGGAUCAGCUGCACAGGCUUCUGGAAGACCUCAAACUGGCGGCUCAAUGGCAUCAGGCUCAAUGGGACUGGGAGCUGGAGCUCGUGGAUCGUACGGCCAACCAAUCCCCCCGGCCGUCGCAGGUACUAAUGCUCAUGGAAGGAUUCAACAACCCACUACCCAGGAUUCCCAGGCUAUGGGACGACCCAGCGUCAGCGUGCCGCCAAAGUUUGCCAAGGUUGCCGGGUUCGCCCCAGAACAACAAGCCGCUCAGAGCCAGACGCCUCCUCAGUCAAGCGAUGGCAGAGGCCAUGGUCACAAGCGUUCCAACACCAUCGGCUCCCUACUGGGUCGGAACGGGUCAAUCUUUGGGGGUAAGAACCGCAAGAGACCUGAAUCUCAGAUCGCAGACAAGAGCCGAAAGUACCCUCCAGUCAGCAUGCCUAACAACAUGCCUGCUGACGGUCAGCCCCGCCCUUCGAUAGACUCGAGAGCCUCACGGCGAUCCUUCUCUUUGGGUCUCGGAAAGAAACGCAGCGGUAGCAUCACUGGCUCCCAGACCUCCCACGAGAAGCAGAAUAGGCGAUUCUCGUUGAUCCCGCAAUCAUUCUCGCUGAAGGCUAUUGGCAUUGGCAGAGACUACGAUCGUCCGCCGUCUGAGCCCCAGUCUCAACCCGACCUUCCCAUCCAAGAUCCCCCUGAAGUUGACGAGCAUGGAAGAUACGUCGACUCACGGGGACAGUCUCGAGGUUAUGAUGGUGGAUAUGACCAGGGUUACCGACAGCCGCCAGGCUCUAGCUCUGCUCCCCAGUUGUCACGUCAAGAGUGGCAAGAUCAACAGCAGCAGCAAGGCUACCAGCAGCAACAGCCGCAGCAACAACAACAGCACGUGGGCCCGAUUGGUCAGCCUAGUGCAGUACCCGCCUACAUGCAGCAGGGUACUGGCCUAAACACCGGGUCGGAGUCUUCAUUCGAGAAUGCUCAGAACCGAAGACACACUGGUGCUCCAUACAACGCCAGCGGAUACUCUGAGUCUGAGGGUUAUGACGGUCAGCAGUUCGGCUCGUCCCGCGGGAAUGGCCGGUCUGGCGUGCUGCAGAAGAAUAAGAGAUUCGAGAGCGCAGAGUACGGUGGCCAUCAAGGCAGCAGCGGAGCCGCCAAGAGAGUUAUGGACUUUUUCCGCAGACGCGGCAAAGCGAGAGGUGGCGACGACAGGUAGAACACUCUCGAAGCCCUCGACUGCUCGCCAUCUACCGGUUCAGGAUCCCGGCCCUUGUGCGGGCCCCGGUCAUCACAAAUGAGUCUGUCCCCGACACGCCCAGUUGAGCGGUGACGACAUUGUCUAUAGGACGGUGCGCGCCUCGUCUUUUGAGAUUUUUGAGGUUUUAAUGUGUGAAUACCAGCAAGCAGGACACGUUGGUCGCUUGGCAUCGUUAGUGGAAGUUGAUGGCCUGCUGCAUGGUUGGCGAAACUGGCAUAGAAUGUUGAGAGGAGUUCUUUUUUUUCCACAGUCCUCUCUCGUGUAAUCAGGGAAGUUUGGUGGUGUUUAUUGCGUCGGUUCAUGGGAUGGGGGGUUGUUCAGAUACAGAGAAGGCUUGGUGGUUUUUCUUCCCUCACCCCUUUUUCGAAAAUGGGCCUUUUUUUUAUUCUGGUUGGUUUAACUUGUUCAUUUUCCCUCUAAUUUGAUGGCAUCACGUCGGUAAUCGAUUGAGGUUGCUGGCGGCGGCAAAGGCGUAUGGGAAUACAGAAGUAGAGAGAGUGAGAGUGAGAGAAAUUCAGAGAGCGAAGAGAGAGAGAAGAACCGACGUGUGAGUUGUUGACGUUAUUGUGUGAUGAAAGUUGAAUACUGUAGUGAGUGAGUGGCUGGCUGGCAUCGACUGGCUGGUUGCGGAUGUGCAUUGUUUAGU